AUGAUGGCAUUCGGUAAAAUGGUCGUGCUCACGCGGGCUGCAGUCGUCCCCAGCGUCAUCCUGCUCUUUGCCGUAUGCGUCCAAUACGUCAGCAGUGAAGAACUGGUCGAAGUGGAUGAAAGUGUCCCAGACCAAAGCGAAUCGUUCGCCGAACGGCCCAGCAAUAACUAUCCACAUUUCUACCUCUUGUAUAAUCAAAUGCUGGUAAAGCGGGGCAGCGCCGGACGGGACGCGACGGAAAAUUACAUAGACCCAAGGCUAUUCUCGUCGGCGAUGGGCAAACGAAGCGCCGCCAUCGAUGACCCCAGGUUCUUCUCCUCGUCAUUCGGGAAGCGGAGCUUUGAUCCGCGAUUUUUGUCAAGUGCCUAUGGGAAGCGAGGGAUGGAUGACCCGAGAUUCCUCUCCUCGGCUUUCGGCAAACGCGCCGAAGUCGACCCACGAUUCUUGAGCAGCGCCUUCGGCAAGCGAUCUGUGGACCCUAGGUUCCUCAGUUCCGCUUUCGGGAAGCGAUCCGCGCUCGACGACCCACGAUUCUUCAGUUCCUCCUUCGGGAAGAGGGCCGACGAUUUUGACCCAAGAUUCCUCUCAUCCGCUUUCGGCAAGCGCUCGAUG